CCCUUCCGCUGUCAUGGCCAAAGCAGCCGUCGUCGUGAGCGUCGUCCUUGCAUUCGCUGCUGCGACCUCGCCGGACCCGUUCCACUGGCGGCCCUGCGCCGGCAACCCCGACCUCCGCACCGAGUGCGGCUACCUCACCGUGCCCCUCGACCACCUCAACGCGACCAACGAGGCUACCAUCGACAUUGUCGUCCAGCGCUACCGGUCGACGGCCGCCAAGCCGCUCGGUACAAUUCUUCUCAACCCGGGCGGCCCCGGCGGAUCGGGUACGGUACUUGGCUCACUGCCCAUGAGCUUGCUCACGGGCGGCGCAUACGACGUUUUGGGCUUUGACCCUCGUGGCGUCGGCAAGUCGCGGCCGAUCACGUGCGCCAAAAAUGGGCUGGCAGCGUGGGAAGCGCGGCAGAUGUUCCCCCGCGCCAACGCUCCGUUUUUGAAUGCCCUCUCAGACGACCAAGUGCAUCGGUACAGCAGCGCGUACGACCCCGUCCUCGCGCGCUGCCGCUACUACGACGGCGACUACCUUCCAUACCUCUCGACGGCGUUUGUGGCGCGUGACAUGGACCUCAUGCGCGCGGCGCUGGGCCAAGACCUUUUGCACUACUUUGGCUUUUCCUACGGCACGGUGCUCGGUGCAACGUACGCCAACAUGUUUCCGCACCGCGUCGGCCGCUUCGUCAUCGACUCGGUCGUCGACGCGACCAAGUACUCGGCCGUAAGUGCGUCGUUUUGGGCUUCGACAAUCGCCAACGUGGAAGACGUUUUGGAUGGCUUUGCCGCCGAGUGCGAAGCCGCGGGGCCGCUUGUUUGUCCGCUUGCUGGCCACGACACGCCGCUCGCGUCUCGUCUGCGGUCAUUCGUCCAGAACUUUGCCCCAAGCGUUGGCCGUGGCGGGUACGACGUCGUUCAGUUUACGCCCAUGGAUCUGUUUGCCCUUCUCUUCCCGCCCAUGUACCAACCAGUAAUGUGGCCCAAGCUCGCGACCGACUUGCACCAGCUCAUGCAAGGCACGUACGUGGCACCACCGGCGAGCGAUGUGUGUCCGUCGCAGCUCGAGGCCCGCGACGUUGGCUUGAACGGCUUUGCGUUCAUGGGCAAUGACGUGGACCCGACGACCAACACGGCGCAAAGCUGGGCCGACGGGCUUCGCGCUGCCCAGAAAAUUUCGCCGAUCUUUGGUGGCGCGUGGCUUGGCGCGCUCAUGAUGACCAAGUACUGGACGACGACGCCGAUCGAGCGGUUUGCAGGCCCUUGGAACCAAACGCUUGCCAACAAGAUUUUGAUCCUCAACAACGUCCACGACCCGGUCACGCCACUAGUCGCUGCGCAGCACAUGCACAGCGUCUUUGGCACCAACAAUUCGGUCUUGGUGGUCCGUGACGGCUAUGGCCACGGCGCGUCCGUGUCGCAGCCCAGCGCGUGCAUGCACGACAUUGUGACUGCGUACUUUUCGCACGGGCGUCUGCCGACCACGACGUUUUGCAAGGUCGACCACGGACCGUUUGCAGCACCGACCGCGCGUUCCGCCGUUGUUCUCGCCGCGCAAGAGGUGUCGACGAUUCUCCACAAGGCGCAUCCGGGUCGCAGUAAGUGAAUACGAUCAUAUUGAUACGAUCGACUUUGCGGUCUGUCCUGCGUGGGUAUUGUCAUUCUCAAAGGAUAAAGGAAUAACAAACAAAAAAUAUACUUUGAGUUGACGUACGAA